UUUCUUUUUUCUUUUCUUUACUUAUCUACAUGACUGUGCCUGAAGAUUCAUUCCCUCUUGGUUAUUUCUACAUUGUUUCCAAGAUGAACGAUCUUGUCUUGGAUUUACGUGACUCUCAACAUGCCACUGUGCAUACAAAAAUCGUCAUGGAACCUAAGAAACCUGUUUCUCCUGAAAGAGACACUCAACUCUGGAUUCAUCAAGAUGGAUUCUUGACAAACAAAGCAACAGGUCUUGUGCUGGACAUCAAUCAAGCCGAAAGUUUCAUUGCCAUUUUUACCCGAGAAAAUCGAUUGUAUUUGGACCAAAUGAAAGAGACUAAUGCUGCUGAAGACCAGCGUUUCGGAUAUGACUCCGAGCAUGGCUAUAUCUAUGCACUCAGUAACCCCGACAUAGUGAUUGACAUUCGUCAUGAAGACCCUAAUGAAGAUGCUCGUGUUAUGGUCUAUAAGAAGAAACCAGCAGAAGAAGCCCUGAAUCAAUUAUGGACAAUUGAACCUGCAGAUCCUCCUCGUAAAAUUGAUCCUGAUGACGAAGAAGAAGAUGACGGCAAGCGUGAACGGUUCAAGGCUUGGUUCGAAGUCUUGUCUGAGACUGAUUUAGAGGAAGCUAACAAGAAAGUGUAUCAGGAAAAGAAACAUACAGCUAGUUAUGAAUUGAUUGCUGCUGCUGUUGCUUAUGAAGCUGUCAAUCUUUGGGAGAAGAAGCAAGAAGAAGAAGGAGGCGAAGUACAUCAUGGUACUGCUAAAAAGCUGGUAGCUUCAUUUGCCGCUAAAGAACUUGUCAAAUUACUUCAGGAAAGAGAUAGUCAAAGAGAAAUCAAGGACAAUGAUCAAAAGAUUGAAUGGAUUACCAAUAUGACAACUUCUGCUGCUUCCAACUAUUAUGAUCAAAAACAUGGUCACUAAACGAAAUCUUGCAUAAAACUAUACCAUAAAAGAAAAGAAAAUGUCUUUUUGUCCUAUUUGUUGAAUGAUAUCGUCAUAUACUGUGUUUAGAAAUCCGUGCAUUGAACUACAAAAAAAACAUAUAUAUAUUCAAACGUUAGGCAGUUGUGCUUUUCAUUCUCGAAUGAUACGUUAGCGUAGACGUCAUUUUAGAACACUCAAGAUACACGAACAAUAGCCGAAUGCAAGCUAAGCAUUGUUCGGAAAAUAG